AUGGCUGGACCAGGAACUUUGGAUUCUUUCAUAAUCUCCAGACGGCCCCAACCAGAUCCUGUUUUCACCUCUCAAGAGAUCCGUGAUCGAGGCUCAACUUUUGUUGCCAACGUCUACCAUGCCACUUCUCCAGAAGAAGCGAAAGCCCGCAUCAAUCACCUCAAGUACAUCCUUCAUGGGCCUAAACCAGCCACCCACGAGAUAGCAGCAUGGAGAUGUAUGGUUCUAAAGUCUGGUCACACCGGUUUGGAAGGCCCCGAUGACUUCGAGCUCAGGUCGGGCAGUACUGAUGACGGCGAGAGUUGGGCGGGGAGUAAGGUUUUGAAAGUGUUGGAAAACCAGGCCAUCAUUGAUGCCGUCGUCAUAGUCAGUCGCUGGUACGGAGGGACAAUGUUGGGUCCUGCUAGGUUCUCUCAUAUUGAGAGAUGUGCGUUAGAAGUUUGCCAGGCCUUCAAACGAUCUGAAGAAUUGCGGGAAAAUAUUGCCACUCUACAAACCUUAGACGUCCUACUCGACCAGCUCCGAAGCGACUUGUCACAGUUAACCCAUCCCGAUUCGUCAACACCACCACUCCUCCAAAGCACUAGAAAGCAGCCCAAUUACACCGACCUGGACGUGCCUAAGACUAAGCGUCUAAUUCGAGCUCGCGAGAAUGCGGUGAAGAGCGUCAAAUCUCUUAUUUCCAAGCACAAAGAAGUCCACCCUGAAAAGGAGACACUUCAUAACGGCAUGUAA